CCCAAGAUCAGCUCAACUCGCAGCCAUGGUGACGGCGCCGCAGACCUUCACAUACUCGCAGGCCUCCGGCCUUGCGCUGCAGCUCGACUACUACGCGCCUCCCUCCGGCAGCGCUCAGCCGGCGCCAUUCCUCUUCAGCAUCCACGGCGGCGGCGGCUCGGGCGGCGACCGCAAGGAUGUGCGCCUGUGGAGCCUGGCGCUUGCUCAGGCCAAAGCAUGGGGUUUCAUCAGCGCCGACUACCGCCUCAUUCCCGAGUGCGAUGCUACGUGUGCCGUGCAGGACAUGCUCGAGGCCUGGCGCUUCACCACGCAGCAGCUCAAUGCUACAGUGGGAGAGGAAGUGAUCGACGCUGCCAAGGGCAUCGUGCUCGGCAUCAGCGCUGGCGGCUGGACGGCAACGCUGCUCGGCGCGAUGGCAGAGCCGCGUCCGGCCGCCUACGUCAACAUGUACGGCACCUGGGACCUCAUCGCCGGCGAGUGGGGCAAGCCCGCGCCGGUGCCCAUGGCCAUUCCCGGCAUCGAGCAAGCCAAGCCCUUCCUCGACGGCAUCAUUUCGCAAGCCAAGGCCGGCGCCGGCAAGCCGCUGAGCGGCAACUACCUCAACAUCUUCCGCUUCUUGCAGCUACCCGACGCAGCCAUCGAGCAGAUCUGCCAGGCCAAUGGCCUUUCGACGCAGCAGCUGCAGGAGAUCGGCCUCGAUGCGCCCAUGUCGCAGGAGCAGGUGCUGCGCAACAUGCUCAGCCCGUACAGCUGUAACGAAGGGCUGCUUGACGGCAUGGCUGAGGGCCCUGAGGGCAACAAGGCCGACUGGGAGAAGUACCCCGGCUCGCCGGCGCACCUCUUCGACGCCAAGUACCCGCCGACGAUCACGCUGCACGGCACCAAGGACGUGCUGGUGCCGUUCCGCCUCGCCGAGCAGCUCACGGCCGCGCUCGAGAAGGCCGGCGUGCGCGCUGAGCUCAUCGUGAUGGAGGGUGCGGAUCACAUGUUCGACAUUGCGUGGCACCCACACGUCGAGCAGGUGCAGCAGGUCGCCGCCUUCCUCGACAGCGUGCUGAAAGCGUGAGAGGGGCGCAGCCGUGCUUAGCUAAGCGCGCGAGCAAUGUACGGCCU